AAGAUGUCGGUUUAAACUGCACUCAUUUUCAACUUGUUUUAUCAAUUUUAUCGAUUUAAAAUUCUAGAAAUCUGAGAUGCAUCGAUGGAAAAAGGAAAAGGAACAAUAACCAACAGUUGUCACCUAGACGGUUCGCCGAAAAUGGGAUUUCUAGCUGUUUCGCGUUGUGAAGCGAGAAAAACAAUUAAUUCUCCCGAGAAGAGGAAUAAUUUACAACCGUCCCGUGACGGGAUUUUAAGUAAGGACAGUUUUGCCGCGUCUUAUAAGAAUGUCCGUCGCGGUACCAGUUGUAGACAGAAGCUAAGAGGCGGAUAUUGGUGCAAAACCAUGGACGAUCGAUAUUAUUGUUGUCCAUCGGGAAAAAGCGAGAGUUGGAUGGAAUAUGUCUGGUACAACUUCUUAUACCCUUUGCUGUGGACCAACGCUGAGGAAUCCCCUUCGUUCCACUUACCCUGGCGAGAAGUGUACAUCGAAAAAGAAAUAGAGACCAAGAAGCAUUGUCCACCGUUGAGAACCCAUUGUCCACGAAGCUACGAUUGGUACAUGCCGCCAAUUUCUUGCGACGAGGAUGAGGAUUGCCACGAAUGGGAGAAGUGCUGUUACGACGUCUGUCUAGAGCAUAAAAUAUGUAAACACGUUUCAGAAGAAGAGGAAGGAGAGGAGGAAGGAAAUAUUUGAACUAUUCGAAAGCGAAAGAAGUAUUCGAUCGACGAAAUUACGGGUUUCUGGGUUAACCAUUAUCCACCGGGGGAAGAUUGUUCGGCAAACACUUGCCCUUUCAUUCCGCCUCGCAGAGGCAGAACCACGUGUAAUGGAAGCUAAGAAGCGAGGGUGUAAAAAGAAGGGGAAAGAAGCGGAUGAAUUAAGCUGGCAGGUGUGUGCGGUCAU